UUUUUCCUCAACAUUUGGAAUCUGCUUCAGCGUCUGACACAACAGAUGGCAAAGACACGAUGCAGGACCACAACAUUUUUCCAUUUCAGUUGGAGUCUGCUUCAGCAGUUGACAGAGGCAGUGACACAAGUAAUGAACCAAUUUGCUCCUGGGCAACAGUGACACAAGGACAAAGUCCAACCACAUUUACAAUGUUUUACUGUCAAGAGUGUAAAAACUUCAUGGGAAACAAUCCUGAUUCUUGUUGUUCUCACUGUGCCUCAGUGUUCAACAAAGCAAGCAGCAUUCAAAAUGGAAACUUCUUUCUGUACUUAUCCCUGAAAGACCUUCUGAAAGGUAUCCUUGAGAACUACAGCACUGAGUUGUUACCUAAAACAGUUAAAGAUGAGCAUGAUAACAUCAAAGAUGUGAUGGAUGGGAUGAUGUACCAGAAUCUCCUCAGAGAGGGUAAACUAGCUGCAGAUGAUCUCACACUGACAUGGAAUUUUGAUGAAGUACCAAUUUUUAGCACCACCAGAUACUCAAUUUGGCCCCUUCAGUUUGUUAUUAAUGAACUUCCUUACACACAAAGACAGGAAAAUAUGAUAGUUGCUGGAUUUUGGUUUGGCCAAGGAAAACCUCAUAUGAACACAUUUCUGAAACCAUUUGUGGAUGAAUGUUGUGAUUUAGCCCAAAAUCCAUUUCAGUGGAGAGACAGCAGAGGCACUCUUCAUUCAUCAAAAGUCUUCUGCUUGGUUUGCUCCUCUGACGCUGUGGCGAGGCCACUUCUCCGGAAUUGCAAACAAUUCAAUGGAGAAUAUGGUUGUGACUGGUGUUUACACCCUGGCACAGUGGUACCAAAGGGCUCUGGAUCUGUGAGGUCAUAUCGAUAUGAUGAAACUAAACAAGAAUCAAGAUCAAAGAAUAUGUUUGUUGAAAAUGCAAGAGAGGCUGAAAGCUCCCAUGAAAACACCUCAGAGUGUGGAGUAAAAGGAAUGUCCUUACUUUCCAGACUUCCUUUGUUUGACAUUGUGUUUGGAUUUGUACCAGAAUAUAUGCACUCAGUUUUAGUUGGUGUGACUAAGCAACUUAUUGGAUUGUGGCUGAACUCAGAGAACUCCAUGAAAGACUGGUAUGUAGGUCAACAGAUUUCACAGAUGGACUCUUAUCUCCGAAUGUUAAAGCCUCCAUCAGAAAUGAGCAGAUCUCUACAGUCACUGAAGGGUCGGGACACUUGGAAAGCAUCUGAGUGGCGAGCUUUCCUUUUAUUUUAUGCUGUUAGUGUCCUACCAGGCAUCCUUCAGCCUUCAUUUCUCCAGCAUUUUUUUUGUUUGUCGAUCAGCAUUCACAUUCUGCUACAAGAAUCAGUCUCCCAAAAUGACCUUCAGCUGGCCCAUGAGAACUUGGUACUCUUUGUUAGAAACAUGGAAGAACUCUAUGGUGAAGAAAACGUUUCAUUCAACUGCCAUCAGUUGAUCCACUUAGCUGACUGUGUGCGUAACUGGGGGCCUCUCUGGGCAACAUCAGCAUUCAGUUUUGAGAGGAACAGUGCAAAUUUAAGGGCACUGCUUAGCAACAUAAACUACAAUCCUCAAAAAAUUCAAGACAAGUUUCUCUAUUGGCAGCGCCUGCCGAGUCACCUUCGCUCCCUUGUUUCUAACGGAAAUUCUCCACCAGGAUCACGGAACGUGAAACCGGAUGCGCUCUCCCAGCAGUUCAACACCACAGAGGAGGAGGAAGACCCCGGACUCAUUCUCGCACCUUCCUACCUGGUCGGGGCCAUCUUCUGGGAGACCAAAAAUGCAAUAUAUGCAUUUCCAAUAUUUUCCAUGUGUCCCAAGUCAAGCCUGUAUGCUCCAGCCCGGUGUGCCCUCUCCAGCCCGGCAGGAGUUGGACCCAAAAUGCAGACUCCUGGACACGAGGGAUGA